CGCGUCAUCCGCGUCUCGGAGAAGAAGCCUGAGCCUCGGCCGUCAGCUCCAUUUUGUGCCGGGAGUCCGUCGUCGUCGCUGUCUCUGUUGCUAUCGCCUUCACUCUUCCUGCCCUUGCCUUGCGAGCUCUGUCACCGCGGUCGGUGUCCCUGCGGAAAGAUGAGACAUCUACAGAGAACUUACUAUCCUGCCUGGGAUGAGAGAGAUUGGGAUUAUGGAGCCUGGAGCAGCAGCAGCAGUAAGAGAAGGAGAUCACACAGCAGUGCCCGGGAGCAUAAGCGAUGCAGAUACGAUCACUCCAGAACAACCGAUGGCUAUUAUCUGGGGAGCAGAUCCAUAAACGAGAGAGCGUAUCAUAGCCGGCGCUACGUUGAUGAGUACAGGAACGACUACAUGGGCUGUGAGCCGGGCUAUUACUAUGGAGAGCAUGAAAGCCGAUAUCAGAACCAUAGUAGCAAGUCCUCUGGUAGAAGUGGACAGAGCAGCUUCAAAAGUAAACACAGGAUCCACCACAGCUCUUCCCACCGUCGCUCACAUGGGAAGAGUCACCGAAGGAAAAGAUCGAGGAGUGUAGAGGAUGAUGAGGAGGGUCACCUGAUCUGUCAGAGUGGAGACGUACUAAGUGCAAGAUAUGAAGUUGUUGAUACUCUGGGUGAAGGAGCCUUUGGGAAAGUAGUGGAGUGCAUCGAUCAUAAAGCGGGAGGUAGACAUGUAGCAGUAAAAAUAGUUAAAAAUGUGGAUAGAUACUGUGAAGCCGCUCGAUCAGAAAUACAAGUUCUGGAACACUUAAAUACAACAGAUCCCCACAGUACUUUCCGCUGUGUGCAGAUGUUGGAGUGGUUUGAGCAUCGUGGUCACAUUUGCAUUGUGUUUGAACUUCUGGGUCUCAGUACUUAUGACUUCAUUAAGGAAAACGGUUUUCUGCCAUUUCGAAUGGAUCACAUUAGGAAGAUGGCGUAUCAGAUCUGCAGAUCUGUUAAUUUUCUGCACAGCAAUAAAUUGACUCACACAGACUUAAAGCCUGAAAAUAUCUUAUUUGUGCAAUCUGACUACACGGAGGCUUAUAAUCCCAAAAUGAAGCGUGAUGAACGUACCGUCAUAAAUCCAGAUAUUAAAGUUGUAGACUUUGGAAGUGCAACGUAUGAUGAUGAACAUCACAGUACGUUGGUAUCUACAAGACACUACCGAGCACCCGAAGUUAUUUUAGCCCUAGGGUGGUCUCAACCAUGUGAUGUCUGGAGUAUAGGAUGUAUCCUUAUUGAGUAUUAUCUUGGAUUUACAGUUUUUCCGACUCACGAUAGCAGGGAACAUUUAGCAAUGAUGGAAAGGAUUCUUGGACCACUGCCAAAGCACAUGAUACAGAAAACCAGGAAACGUAAAUAUUUCCAUCGUGAUCGAUUAGAUUGGGAUGAACACAGUUCUGCUGGCAGAUACGUUUCACGGCGCUGUAAACCUCUGAAGGAGUUUAUGCUAUCUCAGGAUGCAGAACACGAGCUUCUCUUUGACCUCAUUGGGAAAAUGUUGGAGUACGACCCAGCCAAGAGGAUUACUCUGAGGGAAGCCUUAAAGCACCCUUUCUUUUCCCCCCUUAGAAAAGACACAUAGUGUCAGCAUGCUCUGAGAGAGAUCUUACAGACUGCAUCAGUCCAGUUGUAAAUACUAAAUUAUUUGUAUAGCUUUGUACAUUUCUUAGUGUUUUUAUUGUUUAUAUGAUUUAUUAAAUACAUGGCCAAGCCAAACAACAAGCAUCUUUCAGUAAUCAUAGAAUGACUAAUUUGGAAUAAACUUUGUGCUUAAGAAUUUAUAAAA